UUUGCGGCUCAGCAGCAGUGUUGAUAAAGCUGGCUAGGUAGCCAACUGUCUUUUUAAAUGAACGCGUGAAAAAGAAGAUCGUAAGACAUCUGGAGAGGAUCGCGUUUAUUUUCUGAAGCAAAGUCACUGAAACAUUUGGGAUCAACGAGUUAUUAUUCAGCUACUGUUAAUUUUAAGAAGAAAAUGGCGGAUAUCGCAACGACUGGUGCCGAGAAGAGUCUGGACGAUUUCUUUGCGAAGCGGGAUAAAAAGAAGAAAAAGGAUAAGGGGAAAGCGAAGGAGAAUGUGGCAGCACCCGGGUCCAGUGUCUCAAAAAAGAACAAGAAAGACAAGGAAAAGUCUACAAAAAAUGAAAAUCAAGACACGCAAGUAGAGAAGGAUGAUGAGGAAUGGAAGGAGUUUGAACAGAAGGAAGUGGACUACAGUGGAUUGAGGCUGCAAGCCCUCCAACUAAGUGAUGAGAAAGAGGAAGAAGAGUAUGAGAAGGAAGAGGUUGGAGAGGAUGGGGAGAUCAUUCUUGUCAGUGGAGACAAAGUUUCAGGCCCCUGGAACAAGUCUGGGGGUGCACCUGUUGCAGCUGCCCCUUUGGAAGAGGUGGAGGUGUCGGAGCCAAAGCCACCAGGAGUGUACCGGCCACCAGGAGCCCGAAUGACCACCACUAAGAGGGGUCCUGCCCAGGGGCCACCAGAGAUCUUUAGCGACACGCAAUUCCCUUCACUCCUGGCCACAGCCAAGCACAUUGAGACGCGCAAAGACAGAGAGAUGGAGAAGACCUUUGUGAUGGUGAAACACAGGAACCGAGUGAGAGAGGAGGGGGUUGGGGCUUCUGCACAGCAGUUGCAGCUGGACAACCAGUAUGCCAUCCUGGGAGACAAAUAAAUGCCCCUGGCACAGCCCCCAGCCAGCAUGGUCCCACCCGGCCGCCGGGGGGAGGUUUACGUACAGCUGUGGGUUACACAGGCCCGAGAAAGCUGGAGCCAAAACCAUCAGACUGCACACAUACCCUGUCAGAGACAGACAUACACACACACACACAUACACAUACACAUA